CUAUUCCUCCCACUGACACCAACAACGGGGCACUAUUCCUCUCACUGACACCAACAAGGGGGCUAUUCCUCCCACUGACACCAACAAGGGGGGUCUAUUCCUCCCACUGACACCAAUGAUGGGGCACUGUUCCUCACAUUCACACCAACAAUUGGACACUAUUCCUCUCACUGAAACAAACCAUGGGCACUAUUCCUCCCAUUGACACCAACAACGGGGGACUAUUCCUCCCACUUACACCAACAAUGGGGCACUACUCCUCCCACAGACACCAACAAGGGGGGCUAUUCCUCGCAUUGACACCAACGAUGGAGCACUGUUCCUCACAUUCACACCAACCAAGGGGCACUAUUCCUCCCACUGACACCAACAACGGGACUAUUUCUCCCACUGACACCAACAACCGGGCACUAUUUCUCCAACUUACACCAACAAUGGGGCACUAUUCCUCCCACUGACACCAAUGAUGGGGCACUAUUCCUCCCACUGACACCAACAAGGGGGGCUAUUCCUCACAUUCACACCAACCAAGGGGCACUAUUUCUCCAACUUACACCAAGAAUAGG